GCCGUUGAACUAGCUGGGUCACCCACCAAUCCUUCACCACUAUAUAUAUGAUCACUGUCACCCUCUCAAUAUCCCUCCACCGCUAACAAUUCCCAUCUCUUUUGCAAUAGACUGGCUCCUUCAAAAGACUCGGUACGCUCCUGACUCCUAUUAUGGGCACACAUCAAAGGCUACUCUUCUCCUCCUUCUCCUUCUAUCUCCUCCUCCUCCUCCUCACAGGAGUGCAUGGGUCAUCUGGUGACAGCCACCACCACCACCACCAUACACACCGCCACCUCUUUAAUUUUAAGCCAAGCAAGCUCUUUGUUUUUGGAGACUCAUAUGCAGACACAGGCAACAACAGGAAAUCCAUAGCCAACUCAUGGAAAGUCCCUUAUGGAGUCACCUUCCCUGGAAAACCAGCCGGACGUUUCUCCGACGGUCGUGUUUUGACUGAUUAUCUUGCUAGGUUUAUUGGGGUGAAGUCUCCAAUCCCCUACAGAUGGAGAAAUUUUGCAGUGAAUCGGUUAAAAUAUGGAAUGAAUUUUGCAUAUGGAGGGACAGGAGUGUUUGACACAUUGUUUCCAGAUCCGAACAUGACCAUCCAGAUUGAUUUCUUCCAGCAACUGAUCAAAGACAAAGUUUACACCCCUAUUGACCUACAAUCCUCCGUGGCCCUUGUCACUCUUUCAGGCAAUGACUACUCUACUUACAUCGCCAGAAAUGGCUCUGCUCAGGGUUGGCUAGACUUCAUUACACAAGUGGUGAAUCAGCUUACAGUGAACUUGAAACGCAUUCAAGGGCUGGGAGUGAAGAAAAUAGCAGUGAGUGCCCUACAACCCUUAGGAUGUCUUCCUCGAAGCACCUUUGCCUCCUCCUUCCAACAAUGCAAUGGAACUCAAAACGAGCUCGUUAGCUACCAUAACCUCCUGUUGCAGCAAGUAGUCUCUAAGUUGAAUAAUGAGACAAAGGAUUCUUCUUUUCUCAUUCUUGAUCUUUAUACCGCAUUCAUGACUGUUUUCAAGAACAAAGGGGAACGUCCAGGAGAUUCAAAGUUUGAGAAUCCAUUGAAGCCAUGCUGCAUUGGAAUAAGCACUAACUUUUCUUGUGGAAGUGUAGAUGAAAAUGGAGCAAAGAAGUAUACAGUUUGUGAUGACCCUGAAGCUACAUUCUUCUGGGACACAGUGCACCCUACACAGGAGGGAUGGAGAUCUGUAUAUCUAGCUUUACAAGCCACUCUAGAACAACUUUAAUUGUAUCAACUUUAAAAAAAGAAAUAUUGGUGUUUGGUGUUUUUCUCUUUUCUCUUUUUAUUUUUCUUUGAAACAUUCUCCAUUGUAUUUUAGUUCUCUUCAAUCGACUUCCCUUUAUUCA